GUGACUUCCUAUGACACUGGGCAACAACUAGCACUCCAAAUCAUUAAUUUCAGCACAUUGCAGCACUCCAAAUAAUUAAUUUCAGCACAUCGCAACACUCCUACAGCACUAUACAGUGAUUGACAACUUCAAACAGCAUUUUGAAAGAUCAAACAACACUUAUACAACAACUUGGACACUUCCUACAACCUCCUACAGCAAUCGCCAACUUCAAACAGCAAUCUGGACAUUUCCUACAGCCUCCUACAGCAAUCGGCGACUCCAAACAGUGCUCAUAUUAGCCCAAGACAACACUUUGAAACAACUCCCAAAUCAGCUAUUUUAAAAGCUUCAAACAGUACUUUAAAAGCUCAAAGAUGGCACAUAAAACAAGUUGAAACAUCUUUUUAAAAGCUCAAAGGCAGCACUUGAAACAACUCCAAGCAGCGAAAGUGUAAGACAAAGAAUAGUAAAAAAACACAACAAGCUAGAAUGACCUCCUGAUCCUUCUUCAAGGAAAUAAAUCUAGCUAAUGCAACAACAACAGUCUUCUGAUCAGACACUUCAACCACUUCCUGUAGGGAUACAAUAACAGACAAGCUAUUGACGAUAUAAACAGGUGUGUGGCAUUAAACUUGCACAUGUCUUCCCCAUAUAGACCUAAAAUUAUUUGCUCUAUGAAUGUUUCAAAUCAUAAUAAACCUUAAAGAAGUGCAACUCAUAAAUAAUCCUCAAAAAUAAAAACAGUACAAUUCAUAAUCGUGACGGCAAAAGGUCAGCAAUAACACAUCACAGAAUAUUAAAAAAAUAUAGCAUAAGAGAUAUGAAUUUACUGGGCUUACUUGCUAUCAGAUUCAUGGAGGAAAACAUUGAGGGCUUGAAGUGUCGUCAGAGGAAGAGGGAGUUCGGUUGAACACGAGUCCCGUCGCACAGAGGAGAAGCGAGCGGGCUCUGUCGAGUGAUAUGGAGCAGAAGCAGGAGCAGGCGUUUCUUCGGCGCAGAGAGGAUGGCGAGUGCGGCUGCGGCUUCGGUGCGAGAGACAGAGGCAGGGAGGAGGGAUCGAGCUGGCGGCGGCUUCGAUGCGGGGGUCUCGGACGGGAUUCCUCGGCACAGCAAGGAAUCGAGCGAGGGAGAUGAGCAAGAGCGAUCGUGCGGGCAGGGAGGCGAGUCGAGCAGCGUCGUUUGCGCAGGAGCGGGAGCUUCGUCUUUCCCUGUAGAGCGAGCUCGAGCAGAGAAGCCUCGGGUUGGCGAGCGAAGGAAGAUGAGUCGGGGCUUCGGAGAGGCAGAGGAAGAAGGGGCGUACGGGAUCGAGCAGAUCUGCGGCUUCGAUGCA